UGAUGCUGCUCAGGUCGAGUCUGUAAGCGGAUGGAUGCUUGAUCACAGCUGGCGGCAGCUGCGAGCAAUAGUGCAUCAACGCACGCAAUAGCACGAGCGCGCGCAAGAGCACUAACGCACGCAAUAACAGCAACGCGCGCAAUAACGCGCGCCACAAAGCAGGAAACAACGCACGCGAACAACAGCGACGAAUAGGUGCGCUAUAGCAGUUAGUGUGGGCCUCCGGAUGUACCUACCUACUUACAGUCGGGUACCUUCACCCCCCUGGCCAAGCCCGUCAAGCUGCCCAUCAUCAGGGCAUCAGGGUGCAUCAGUGGGUUCACUUGUCAGUGCAGGCGCGGUAAGUGAUCGCCGACUAGAGACCCUCAUCUUGUUGGGCCGAGUGCGAUCAUGUCAGGUUGCUACAGAGUAUAUAAAAAGGGCAGGAACUACUUCGUACAGUAUACCAUCAUGAGUGGACAUGCGAUAUCACGACACUGUGAAAGUUGCCUCGCAUUUGAGUCAUCAUGGGCAUGUUACACUGCAGCCUUGCCGUGGUGGCGGCUACGACGCUGAUCGCCCAGGCUGUCGGUAAGCCCGUUGAGCCACAACCCACGCCAGGAACGACUUACACGCCGAGAUCCAAGGGGCCCCUACUGCAGGACUUUGAUGCCCUCGGCGCCUGGUUCGACGGGGUAGCGGCGAUAAACAGUACUUCGGCUCCUCACAAGAACAAGAACAAUGCCACCAUUGCCAUCGUGGGAGGCGGCGUCACGGGCUUGGCCACGGCGCUGAUGCUCGACAGCGUGGGCGUGCGCAACUGGGAGAUCCUCGAAGCAAGCGAGCGCAUCGGGGGAAGGUUUCGCACCAUCUUCGUGGGCGGGACGCAGGAGUUUGCCGAGAUGGGACCCAUGAGGCUGCCGUACAGGAUCCGGUACAAGAGCGACAACUCGACACAUGAAUACACCGACCACAUGAUGACAUUUCAACUAGCGGACUGGCUGAAUGAGCUCAACGGGAACAACCAGAGCUUGAAAGUGGACUUCAUCCCGUGGAUUCAACACCAUCCAAACGAGCUCAUUGCGACGGGCACAGGGAGGCAUCCCGACGGACGAGUGCCCACCCGCGCUGAGAUUGCCGCCGACCCGAGUCUAGGAAAGCCCCCUCCUAUGACAUCUCUCGAGUACAAGGACACCAAAAACAAGAUGAACCAUAUUCUCAAAGACGAGACGACACUGAGGGCCAUCCAAAAGGACAUUUGGCGCGCCCACAAAAAGGCAAUGGACCAUGGCCUUGACGACUGGAGCGAACAGGCCAUGAUGCGACACGUCUUCAAGGCGAGCGAGAACGUGACCGACGCCAUCUGGACGGCAACCGACUACGACGUGUUCUGGGACGAAAUGGUGCACAACUCUAAUCUUGCACAGGACGGAGGGGCCGACUCCCUGGGAGAGACGGAGUGGAAAUGCGUCGACGGCGGGUUCAACCGACUGUCGGACGCGUUCUUACCGCAUGUCUCAAACCGACUCACACUGAAUCGGAAGAUCUCAAAGCUUGAGACGGUGUCAAAGGCAACGGGCGGAAUCAAGACCCGUCUGUCAUGGCACGCCGGCUCGGGAGCCAACCGCACAAGGCACUCCAAGGACUACGACUACACCAUCAUGGCCGUGCCGUUCACGAUGACGCGCUUCAUGGACCUUCCCAACUUCUCGUCCGUGCUGAGCCGAGCCAUCAGCGAGCCCGGGCUGCGAUUCAAGUCCGCCUGCAAGGUCUCCCUGCUCUUCCGCGAGCGCUUCUGGGAACAGGGCGAGCGGCCCAUCCUAGGCGGCUACUCGAUGCCCGAGAGCCUGGCCGUGGGGGCCCUCUACUACCCCGUGUACGGGCUCAACGAGACGGGCCGCCCGGGGCUCAUCACGCACUACCGCGGCGGCGACUGGAGCGACCGCUUCGUGAGCAUGACGGACGCGCAGCACGCGGAGCUCGUGCUCGACGCGAUAGUCAGCCUCCACGGGGAGUCGGCGCGGGAGCUGUACACGGGGGACUACGCGCGGCUGUGCUGGCUCGAGGACGAGCAUACGGCGACGGCGUGGUGCCGGCCGGACGUGGCCCAGCACAAGCUGUACAUACCCGCGUAUCACCGGACGGAGCACAAUACCAUCUUUGUGGGCGAGCACACGGCGCCGACGCAUGCGUGGAUCAGCUCGUCGCUGCACUCGGCGGUGCGAGGGGCGGUGCAGCUCUUGCUGGAGAUGGGUAUGGUGGACGAGGCGAAGACGCUCAACCAGCGGUGGAUGGGCAGGUGGAUUAGCACGCAAUGAAGGUAUUACAUGACUGUGUACGAUGCGUGAUCAUAUGGCCAAAAUAGAUGGAAGAGUUACAUAGUAGAGGGCACACAAACAAUGUGAGAUAUCUUUGAUGUUCAGAUCGGCUUCACAUUGAUAUGUGGCGUUUAACAUUCAGUCUUCGUUAUAAAAGCGG